CCCUGCGGUGGGUGGAAAUAGGUGAACAUGACUACAGCAAAGGAAGGGACUGCUUCAGGGAAAGGGGUCCAACAACAAGAUCAGGAGCUGGUGGGGAGUAACCCUCCGCAGAGAAACUGGAAAGGGAUUGCAAUCGCACUUCUCGUUAUCCUGGUUAUCUGCUCGCUGAUUGUUACCUCAGUUAUCCUCCUCACCGAACCUGAAGACAACAGCCUGGCAUUGAAGGCGAAGGUGAGAAUUGAUGAUCUCUUCAGCGAGGAAUUCCGGAUUCAUGAUGUGGAAGCCAAGUGGAUUAGCGAUACUGAACUGCUCUAUCGGACGUCAGAUGGAAAUCUGGAGAGACAGAAUAUUGAAACCAUGGAAAAGACACUUCUGAUGAUGGACCGGAAAUUUGAAGAAUUUAAAGUUAGCAGAUACGAAGUAUCACCAGAUAUGAAGUAUGUGCUACUCGCAUACAAUGUUAAAAAGACUCAUCGGCAUUCUUUCACAGCCUACUACACCCUGUGUAAUUUACACACUUGGGAGCACCUCACCUUGAAUCCACCUGAGGUUAGGGAUGCCGAAUUGCAGUAUGCGGGCUGGGGAGUCCGAGGCCAACAGCUGAUUUUCAUUUUUGAGAACAACAUCUUCUACCAACUGAAUGUUAAUAGCCGCGCUAUACGUCUGGUAGCGACUGGGAAGGAGGGGGUCAUUUUCAAUGGCCUGAGCGACUGGCUAUAUGAAGAAGAACUUCUGAAAACCAAUAUUGCUCACUGGUGGUCUCCAGAUGGAGCCAGGCUGGCCUACGCUACAAUUAAUGAUUCAAAGGUCCACACGAUGGAAAUCCCGAUGUACCUUAGCUCCCUUUAUCCCACCGGAAAGACGUAUCCUUAUCCGAAGGCUGGCCAAGAAAAUCCAACAAUCUCACUGUUUGUGGUGAACUUGAAUGGACCAACUCAUACUCGUGAGGUGAUCCCUCCAGAGGACACCAGAAUGAAGGAAUACUAUAUUACCAUGGUGACAUGGGCAAGUAGUAUUAAACUCGCAGUGAACUGGCUGAACAGAGCCCAGAAUGUUUCCAUUCUCACCUUGUGUGAGGCCACGACAGGGAUUUGCACUAAGAAACACGAGGAUGAAAGUGAAAGCUGGCUCUCGAGGCAGAACGAGGCCCCUUUAUUUUCCAAAGAUGGGAAGAAGUUUUUUUUUAUCCGCCCACUCCCGCAGGGAGGCAGAGGGAAGUUUUGCCACAUCUCCAUGUCAUCUGCUCAGGUUAACAAUAGUAAUGACAAUUUACAGUCCAUCACCUCUGGUAACUGGGAUGUGACACAGAUCUUGUCAUAUGAUGAAGUGCAUCAAAAAAUAUACUUUCUGAGCACAGAAGACUCGCCUUUGCGUCGACAAUUGUACAGCCAUGAAGCACAUCAUGCUGCGAUAUUGAGGCCCAGGAUUUCUGUCCACGACUGCUCAGGCAGUCCAAGAGUCCCAAGGGUCACAGUUCACAGCACCAGUGAUCGUCACAAAGUUUUUGAGUUGGAGCUGAAUGACAAGGUGCAAAAUGCUACAGAGAGAAUGCAAAUGCCCAAAAUAGAAUUCCAGGAUGUUCAGAUAAAGGAUUACUCACUGAAAAUGCAAAUUAUGAAGCCAGCAGCAUUCUCAAAUAAGUCCCGAUACCCUUUGUUACUUAUUGUUGGUGAUAGUCCUGGUAGCCAGAUUGUCACAGAGCAAUUCCAAGUAGAUUGGGCAACUGUGCUAGUGAGUUCAUUCAACACCAUUGUGGUAAAAUUCGAUGGUCGUGGCAGUGGUUUCCAAGGCACUAAACUGCUGUACGAAAUAAAGAGAAAUCUGGGCAUAGUGGAAGUAAAGGAUCAAAUAGAUGCACUGAAGAGCCUCCUGAAGGAAGAUUACAUUGACCCAAACAGAGUUGGUGUUUUUGGGGAGGCUUAUGGUGGUUACUUGAGUUUGAUGCUGCUUACCACAGAAAAAGAAUUUGAUAAAAAAAAUACCGUAUUCAAGUGCGGAAUAGCACUUUCUCCAAUCACAGACUUUAAACUCUACGCCUCAGCAUUCACCGAGCGAUAUUUUGGUACGCUCAGCAGAGCUGACAGAGGUUAUGGGAUGUCGGAGUUAGAAUACCGAGUGACCCGACUCCAAGAGGAGGAAUUGUUGCUAAUCCACGGAACUGCAGAUGAAACUGUUCAUUUCCAACAUACAGCAGACCUUAUAACUCACUUAAUCAAUGCAAUGGCUAACUAUUCAUUGCAGAUAUAUCCCGAUGAAGGCCAUUACAUGGAGAAACCCACAGUUAGGCUGCACCUACACAAAACCAUUAUCAGAUUCUUCGAGAAAUGCUUCAAGUGCCCGAACAAGAACACAGAGACGUCGAAAGUAGGGGAGGAAGAGGAUGACUAGAUUGUUUUUGAGUGGCUUGCCAAGCACAAACAUCUCUUUUAUAAAACACAACUGAUUUUGUUUUCCAGAACAGUGUUAUGUUUAGCAUGUUACAAAGACUGAGAGCAGUUACUGCCUGCUUCACUGACAUCACUGCGGUCUCAUCAGAAGAACCUCCAAGCAUGAAAUUAACAAUCAGAGUGGUUGACUGUUCCGGUGUAAUUGACAUCCCUGCCCCUCCCCAACCCCCUGCACCCCCCCACUCUCUUCCCCCUCCUGGAAAACUAAAGUGUCAACCUUUGUAAUUUCUCAUGUGAUGGGGAGGGGGUGCGUCACAGAAUACACUUAAUGGAUGAUCGAGGAGAGCGUCGGCAGGUUCAGAGGUCGAAUAGAUCAAGAGGGUAGAUCAACACACCUCUGCAAACACCUUGUCAGGGUCACCCUAGGUGUCGAGAAGAACAGCAAAACCACCCCUUGGUAUUAUCAGCAAACAUUUCAUGGCGUGAGAUGGAAACCCAACUGCACCAGCUGCAGUUUCAGAGCACAACCAGAAAGACGACAGUUAAAUCCUUUCACUCGCAGUGGAACCUCCAUUACUUGUAUUUCAGUUGUCCACCUGCACCCAUCCCACCCUCCCCAUUUGGUCAUGAGGAUUUUCAUAGAACAAAUUGCAGGUGAGAGAUAACCUCAUUGCUGUAUUUGCCUCCCCUUCUUGAUUAUAAGUCAACCACAUUGCCCACAAAUUAUUAAUAUUCACUAUAUAUAGCUCUCAUCUCCGUUCCUAUCUCUAAGGUAUUGGCAGGACCAUGGUGAUUUGCAAUUACUUCUGCCCACAAGGCAAUUUCAUUGCUAAUAUGGCAGAUAAUUAAGGUUUUGCUUGUAAUUCCACAGUUUGGAGCCAUUUGGUUUUACUCAACGUGGGGCUGCAUUGUCCAAAAAAUGUUAACUACCACUCCUUCGUUGUAUGAACAUAAUAUAUUUUCCUUUCUUCUUCUCUCCUGAAUGUGUGCACAACGUUAGACGGUCAUCUUCAGUUCGUCCCAUUCUGGCAGGAACAUUGAAGGCUAGCAGCGAAAUUCAGAGUUCCUUUGCUGUAACUUUAAUGAAUGUAUAUCCUUGAUGCUGACAAUAAUGUUGCAGGUUUCCAAAUGCCUUUCUUCUGUGUAUGUUGUGUGACAGUCUUAUUACAUUCAUCUGUGCAUGGCAACAGACUUACCAUCUCUGGAAUGAUUGCAAAAUGCUUGCUUUUGGUGUACAGUUGCAAUAUUGCUCUUUUCUGGCAAUGUGAACUUUAAUUUAAUGUCUCCCUGUUUUCUUUUCUCGAUAGCUAUCAUGCAUCAACAGGGUUGCCCUCGCCAUCCACAUCACAUUUCUCAUUGAAUUAGUGUUGAUGUUCAGUAAUAUUUCUUUUUAACCCUCUGUAUGCAAUAAUUACAUUGCAAGUUCAAGUCACUCAUUGAUUUGGAAAUAUCAGACGUCUGCACCCCAGAGAAACUGAAUUCAUCAUCCAGUUUGCCCCAGUUGAUCUUGUUAUUUUAAUGCAACUUUACGCUUAGCCAUCAUAAGUGAAAUGGAUAGAUGGACAACAAUAAUCAAGUCAUUAAGGUUUCGUAUUUGUUCUUAAAUAAAAUGGCAAAAAAAGCAUCCUAACAUAUUUUGCAUACAAGUUACUGUUAGACCUCACGUACUAAAUAUUGUUGUGAUUUGUGAAAAAUCUUAUUGGUUAUAUUUUUUAAUUAUUCUGAAAAUAAAUGAGGGUGGAGAGGGGUGAAACAUAUUGUCAUUCGUGGAACAAAAGAAAAGGUUGAUGUAGCGCUCGGAGAAUUUACAAUGCGGACAAUUCCUUGUGAAAUCAUCCCUGAUUCAUGGAUUUUUGUUUUGCGUUCUGCCUACAGUUUUGUAAAUGGCUCAUUUUGCAAUGUAACCCUCCCACCUAGGAAUCUCAAUGACUCCCCUUUGCUUAAGCUCCUUCGAUUUCAGAACCAUGAGGAUACCGGUUGUAAAAUUAGACUAGACAAAGGAAACACCAAGGGCUGGAUUUUCUUGCUGGAGUUCAGACCUCAACAUCGGGCCUGUAUGGGGGUUUCAAGCCCACCUCUUCCUGGCAGCCUGCUAAUUGAUCACUUCCAUGCUUGACAUCCUACUAGAGAUGAGGAGUGAGCUCCCAAGGCUAGACGUGCAAUCAGAGGGCCCACAGUAAAAUCAGGUUGGCAUAGGUGGUAGCUGCAACGGAGCACUCUUGGCUGCCUACAUAAAUGUAAUGGAACAAGGGUGGCAUGGUGGCUCAGCGGUUAGCACUGCUGCCUCAUAGCGCCAGGGGCCUGGGCUUGAUUCCACCCUCGGGCAACUAUCUAUAUGG